AUGGAAGCAUUCUCAAAUGUCUCAAGAAGGUUAAAAAACUCACUAUCUGAGGCACUAACAAUUUUCUACCCUCUUGGUGGUAGAAGAAGUGAUAUCUUUUCCAUUGAUUGCAAGGACGAAGGUGCAAUUUAUAUGGAGGCUUCAAUAAACAUGGAAAUGAGUGAGUUCCUAAGUCCACCCAAAUUGGAAUUAAUGAACAAAUUGCUUCCUUGUGAGCCAAACAAAACACAACCUUACAAUGAAGUAUUGCCCCAAAUAUUAGUCCAAGUGAACCAUUUUAAUUGUGGGGGGAUAGCUAUUGGAUUGUGCAAUCUUCACACAAUACUAGAUGCACAUUCUUGUAGUUUAUUCUUGAAAACAUGGUCUUCUAUUUGUAAUGGGUCAAGGAAUGAAAUUUGUGAGCCAAAUUUCUCAAUUGCUUCUUCAUAUUUCCCUCUAAGAAACACCAUCGGUGUUAGAUCCGAUGUGUUAAAUGUUAACAAAGGAGUAGAGAUAAAAGUCGAGUGUUCUAUAAGAAGAUUCUUGUUUGAUAACAAAUUAAUAAAUGAAAUGAAGAAAAUUUCAAAAAAUGACGGAAUUAUAAAACCUACUUCCUACAAGGUAGUGUCUUCAUUUAUAUGUAAACACAUGAUUGUAGCAUGCAUCAAGGAUCUUUGUGACGAAAGCAAGAAGCAAGUGGUGAAUUUACAUGUUGUAGACAUCAGGAGAAGGAUGGGAGAGAAUGUGUUACAAAAUUCAAUAGGAAAUUUAAUAUGGCCUGCAACGGUUGUUUAUGAUAAUGUCAACAAAAACACUAAUACUAGUGAUAUGGUUAAAAUUUUGGAAGAAGAAAUUGGAAAUGUUAAUGAGGAAUUGUUUCUAAAAGUGAAAAACGAUCCUAGUUUUUUAUGGAGUGACGUGCGUGCUGAAUUAACGCUUGAAAAAGUGGGUAAAAAUCCAAUUUUAUUUGUGUUCACAAGUUGGGGAAAUAUGGGAUUCAAAGAGAUUGAUUUUGGUUGGGGGAAGCCUUUAUGGAUCGCACAAAGAGGUGUUACAAAAGAAGCUAUUCCAAACCAAGUUGUGUUGAUGGAAACAUAUGAGGGAAUUGAGGCAUGGGUGACAAUGGCUGAAAAUCAUUUAGAUGGCUUGGAAAAUAAUAUAGAAUUUCUUAAAUUUGCCUUACAUAAUCCCAACAUUAAUUUUAACCGUUCUGAUAUUUAA